AGAAAGUGUGUUCACCUGAUGUUGUGCUACAGGUAGCAGCUCUGUCUGCCAUUAGUUGUUGUGUGUCUUUAAGGCGACGACAUGAAUAAUUUGUUUUUCUGCGUUAUUAUGUGUGGUCACAAGAUCCCGUGUGUCCAUUAAAUCACGGCCGAUUACAUUCUGUCACAGCGCUGGGGAAGGUAAAUUAGAACAAUGUUUUCACUAAUUAUGUUGUAGAUUUUUGUGUAGUCACUCAUGGUAAGUGUUUACUUAUUUUAUUUUUAUAAAUACUAUUAAUAGUGUUAAUAUUUUGUUAUUCAACUAUUCAAAAUUUUUAAUAUAUUUUACUUAUCUUCUCUCAAGAAAACUAGGGCGAACGUAAAUAAAGCCACCGUGUUAUUCACAACGGGCUCUGUCUUCAAUGCAGCCCUGUAUUUAGCUUCUACCGAUAAGUGCAUCUCUCUCAUACAUAGAAAAUGAGAUAUACAAAAAAAAAUAUUUAAAAAAAAACAUUUAAAUCUGAAAUAUCUCCCACACCUAACCCACCGUGUUAUUCACAACCGGCUCUGUCUUCAAUGCAGCCCUGUAUUUAGCUUCUACCGAUAAGUUCAUCUCUCUCAUACAUAAAAAAUGAGAUAUACAAAAAAAAAUAUUUAAAAAAAAACAUUUAAAUCUGAAAUAUCUCCCCCCCCCCCCUUUUCCCCCCAAACCUCCCAGUACCAAUUAAACUAAAAAUCCAACCAAGCGUAUCGCUCGAAUUCCCAAGCGAACACAUUUCUGUGCUUUUUAUAGACGACCACUGCCACGUUUUAUGCGGUAAAUGUGUCAUUAACUGAACUGAAUAGAUACGUCCCCGGCCUCCGACACGUCACAUGACCACGUGCCACAAUGGUAUGAUUGUCCUCAAAUCUGAAUCAAGUAAUCUUGCUGGUAAGGCCUCCGGUCUGCUGAUGACGUCUUUCAAGUGAAUAUGCCUUGGCUGUAACGAGUUCCUAGGUCGCCAGUCAAUAAUAAUAUAUAUUUUUUUAAAUAAUAAUAAAAACUGAGACUAAAUCACAGAAGACGUAAGUUGUAUUUUAACAUAGCGGUUCUGAAUGAACUAAAAUUACCCAGUGAAUCAUGAAUGUAUGGUGUAGCGGUGCCCUGUCAUUGUGGUAGGCGAGGCUUGAAAUCGACAAUCUUAUUGAAGGGCAGCGUUUUAUUUGGAUUAAAAGUUAAAUUCCAAGAUUCUGCGGUGUCUGCAAGGUAGCAACUGGACUAACUCCUUCUGGUCGUUUUGAGCUUAAACGAGAUCAAAUGAGUUGUUUGUUUUUUUAUAUAACUAAGAAUUAGUUAAAUGUUAUACUAGACCCAAUCAAGCGAGCUAUUAAUAAUUUAUUUGUGGCAAGGUUUUAAAACUUUUUAUAACGUGUUUUGUUUUUGACAUAUCAUAAUUGUUAGCCCACGAAACAUUACAUAUGAUGUAUAUAAAAAGGAUGGGAAAAAACUGCGAGAUUAAGGAAUUUUUUUUUGAAUGGUUUGACUCGCUGAAUAUCUUUUACCUCAGAAUUUCCCCAGGUGGACUUGUAAACAAAUAAAAAUUUUAUUAAAAGUGUUAUUUGCAAUGAUAAAAAAAUUAAAAAUGUGGAUAGUGGAAUAUAGAUUAGUCGCUCUUAUAUACGGAUUUGUAAUUAGUUUUAUAUCAUUAUGAUUUUUAAAAAAAUGAAAGUUGUCGUGUUUCAUGUUUCGCGUACAGUUGAAAUAAAAAGGAUGUGGAAAGAGACAGUUCACAACAAUUCAAAUACAAAGGAUUAAAUUCAGAGAAACUACGUCACAGAAUGAGAGUCGUACGUUUCCCGAGCAAGAGUGUUCUCAUCACUGCGCUCAUUCUAUCAGUCUUGAUGCAUCAGCAUUUAGGACGAGCAGAUGACGGUAAGUGUGUAUGCAACCCAACACAUAUGUUAAGCUUACAUCGUCUUAUGAAUACAGUUCUGUAAGAUUAAAAUAAACCUCCACCAUCUGUCACCAACAUUAAAUUGUCGCGUGUCCACAUUAUUAUUUUUAAAAAAAAUUAUACCUCGCAUUUGGUUUGGUUUAUGAAAUAUUCUAACAAGGACACUGUUCCAGAGUCUCAUGACGACGUUCCAGCAGGGACCCUGGAUGAUGAAGAUUCUAGAGAAGAAGACGAUGACAAAGGUAAGUUAUCAGUCAACUAAAUCAAACAAGACUUGACUUACUAACCGGGGUUGUUGACUGAAAAGACAGGACAAUCAAACGAACGUUCUGACUAGAACUAAAAGCCUUCAGCAGAUGACAAAUAAAAUAUUAAAGUAUAAAGACAAAAAAGAUUAUAAAAACUUAGCUACGCCACUGAUUGCAUGUAAUAGCUACGCCACUGUUUCCAUGUAAUUAUGUUACUCAAAUUUCUAAAUUAUUAUAGACCUAUGAUAGUUUUCAUUGUUUUUUUUUUUUUGGUUUUUUUACAACUUGGCGAUGACAGCUUAGAAGAAAUAAAAGUACAUGAUUGGCAGUUAAUAUUAUAUUUUACUAUGCAUUUAUUUUUGUAUCCAGAUUCAGAUUAUAGCGCACCAAACCAAGAAGAGACAAACCAGGUAUGCAAGACAUCACUCAAAUUGACAUUUAAAGUCAGUUUUAAUAGUUUGGCCUUAUACAUGUUCUAAAUAAAAAUAAACAUUAUUUUGAAUACAAGCGCACGUAUAUAUUAGAAUAUGUAAUUUAUAUUCCAUUUUUGUUCUGUCCACACAGCCUAAUGGUGCCCCUGGACGAUGCAAAUACCUUCAAUAUUUAGUGAACGCCGGGUCAAAGAGUGGAACAGUGCUUGCUAAACUUGAUUGUGGACCACAGUCUUUAAGAUAUUCAAUACAAUCAGGUUAAUGUAGUACUUGAAAUAAAAUAUAUGUCACAAAAAUAUCGUUUGCACAAAUACCAAAAAAUUAUUAUUUCAAAAAUACAUAAAAGACAAAUGAAUAUUAAUACACUACAAUAAUUCUAGUAGAACGAAUGGAAGUCUCUCUCUCUCUCUCUCUAUCUCUCUCUCUCUCUCUCUCUCUCUCUCUCUCUCUCUCUCUUUAUAUAUAUAUAUAUAUAUAUAUAUAUAUAUAUAUAUAUAUAUUAUAUUAUAUAUAGUAUAUUGUAUAUUAAAGUUUUAACUUGUAUCUUCGAAAAUUCAACUCAACUGCUGCCAUGUAUAUUUGUUGACGUAUUUUUUAUUAUAAAACUAAUUUUUAACAUCAUUAUGUCUCAUCAGUGCCAUAUGAGGCGAAGUUAACUUCGACACAGACUGGGGAGGUUACUCUAGAAGAAGAUUUACCCCCGUAUAUCAUCUCCAUUGGUUACCAUGUCAGCGUCCUGUACCGUGAAAAUGACACAGUGUUUGAUGAGCUUCAGCUUCAUCAGUCUCUAUUCAACUCUACCGUUGGUAAGUUAAAGUUAGGGAGCGUUUGCGUCUAGCUUAAUCUAUGCAACAAGUAGUAAAUGGUGGUUGAACCUAUGACCAACUGUUCCUAUUGACAACACGCCAUCCAGUCUGUCAAUGACCAAAUGUUCCUAUUGACAACACGCCAUCCAGUCUGUCAAUGACCAACUGUUCCUAUUGACAACACGACAUCCAGUCUGUCAAUGACCAACUGUUCCUAUUGACAACACGACAUCCAGUCUGUCAAUGACCAACUGUUCCUAUUGACAACACGCCAUCCAGUCUGUCAAUGACCAACUGUUCCUAUUGACAACACGCCAUCCAGUCUGUCAAUGACCAACUGUUCCUAUUGACAACACGCCAUUCAGUCUGUCAAUGACCAACUGUUCCUAUUGACAACACGCCAUCCAGUCUGUCAAUGACCAACUGUUCCUAUUGACAACACGCCAUCCAGUCUGUCAAUGGCCAACUGUUCCUAUUGACAACACGCCAUCCAGUCUGUCAAUGACCAACUGUUCCUAUUGACAACACGCCAUCCAGUCUGUCAAUUACCAACUGUUCCUAUUGACAACACGCCAUCCAGUCUGUCAAUGACCAACUGUUCCUAUUGACAACACGCCAUCCAGUCUGUCAAUGACCAACUGUUCCUAUUGACAACAUGCCAUCCAGUCUGUCAAGGACCAACUGUUCCUAUUGACAACACGCCAUCCAGUCUGUCAAUGACCAACUGUUCCUAUUGACAACAUGCCAUCCAGUCUGUCAAUGACCAACUGUUCCUAUUGACAACACGCCAUCCAGUCUGUCAAUAGUUCAACUACUUUAACCUCCCAUAGAAAGAGAUUUUCACAAUUCCUGGAUAUUUUUUUUUAAGCAGCUUGAAUCUUGAACGCAUGGACGUGAUUGGAGUUUCCCCGUCCCCCCAAAUUGUGCAGGUUUUUUAUCAAAAUGGCUAUGUACUGUGGUGCAUCGAGUAAUAAACAACUUAACAAGCCGACCUAGUUUUGGUUUUGCCUCCCCCCCCCCUGAAAAAAAUCUGAAAUGACGCCACUGUUUGAACAUUUGAAUCAUUUACGUAUGGCCCAAAAUCAGACAGGCAUGCAUUCAUUUUUUAAAAAAUAAAACACUACAUAUUCUGAGAAGUGCAGGGGCGUAGGAAGAGGUUGCCGGGGGAAGUCACUUUUUUUUAUAUGUUUCGGCCAACUGCAGUGAGUUGGUUUUUUUUCGUGGGAGGGAGCGAAAAAAAUCUUGGUGCGCACCGGUCGAGACUUUCCUUCACUACGCCUCUGUGCAUAGGUCCUACUGAGGGUGUUUCAAGACACGGCACGGACAGCAGGGCCCAAAGAUGUAUUUAUGAUUUAUACAUAUAUAUAUUGCUCUAAUUUACCUCCACAUUUCCUCGUUACGACUGUGUACCUGGUCAUUCCCUAAUCCCUUCCAAUCACAUUGCUCUGAGCCAUUCUAUCCAACCGACUCCACAUUUCAAAGUGGCUCACUCAGUAAUAAAUAUUUCUGUUAACAUGAUGGUGCCAAUACCUGAGGCUGCUAGCUAAAGUUAGGCAACUAGCCGUGGUUAGGCCACUGGACGUAGUUAGGCAACGAUCAACGUACUAACCUUUUUUCAUGUUUGAAAAUGUGUUUAAGGAGAAACUCUAGACAAACAAAAUUAAUGCCGUACAUAAAAUAAUCGCUUUAUCUUGUCAUGUUACUUGUUCAAUAUUUAAAUGUAAAUCAAAGCCACUGAACACACAUCUGCUAUAGCCUAUAUUUCAUCUCCGGCGGCUCACAGGGCGAAAGAAUUGCUCCCAGUAUGCAAAGGAAGCUAUUGGCAAUGGUGAUGAAAAGACUGCCCGUAACAUCUUCACAGAGUGUCCCAUCGAUUUCGAAGGUUAGUAGGUACGUUACAUAUUUAGAGACUUUUUGAAAUGAGAUGACUUGUUACCCGAAACAAAGGCACGAUAUGCCAAGUUACCCAGGAGUUGUCCAAGGUACCUGUGUUAUCCAAAGUAUCCAGGUUACCCAAGUUAUCCAAAUUAUUCAGCUACCCAGGUUACACAAGUUACACACAACAUGCUUAUAGUUUAAAAUUAUGAAGUGCAAAACGGAAUGAUUACGAUAUAGAAAUAUAUUUUUGAUAUGAGGGCAUAGAUUAACUCUUCCUCAACAAAAAGUUGAGUGGCUGUCUUUUUUUCAGCAAACUUAAAGUGAAAUAUUAAACCAUUCUUAAGCGUAAAUAUUAAUAUUUUAUAUCGGGAAAUGCUUGCCAUUUUUUAAAAAAGACUUAUGGGAUUGUUUAAACUGCAGAUGGGAUGUAAAACCCACUUCACCCUGCAGAUGAUAUCUAAAGUCCCUUCAUACUGCACACGGGAAUUAAAGCCCCUAUCAUACUUCAGACGGUAUGUCAAACCUCCUUAUUUCACCUGAUUACGGCACGUCAUCGCAUUUUAAAAAAAUAUUUUUGUAUGUCGACUGCAUCCCAAAGCACCCAGUACUCAUGGCACUAUGUCGCAAGGCAAUCUGUACUCAUAGCAUACUGUCUUAAGGCACUUUGUACUCUUGGCACACUGUCCCAAAGCUCUCCGUGCUCAUGACACUCUGUCCCAAGGCACUCUGUACUCAUGGCACUAUAUUGCAAGGCACUCUGUACACAUGCCACUCUGUCCCAAGACGCUCUGUACUCAUGAAACUCUGUCCCAAGGCACUAUGGACUCAUGGCCUUUUCUCCCAAGGCGCAAUGUACUAAUGGCACUCUGUCCCCCCUCCACUCUGUAAUCAUGAUGCACUGUCCAAAGGCACUUUGUAGUCAUGGCACUCUGUCGCAAGGCACUCUGUAAUCAUGGCACUCUGUCCCAAGGCACUCUGUACUCAUAGUUUUCUUCACGUCAAUCUACACCCGUUUUGCACAUGAAGCCUUUUAGGAAACAAUGUGGACGUUAAUUCUUGUCCAUGCGAGCACUAUUUGAGAUGGUGAGAGACAUAAACCUCUAUUUUGGUUUUUAUUAAAUGAGGACCCAUGUAAUACAGAGAGAGAGAGAGACAGAGUGAGAGAGAGAGAGGGGGAGGGAGGGAGAGAGAGAGAACAAUUUGUUUAAGUCAACGCAUCCAAUAGCUCUAAUGUUGGGACGGCCGCAAAAUCUUUUAAUAAGGCCGCUUUUAAAAUCGCAAAUUAUUUCUGUGAGCAUUUAAAACUUAACAUCAUUUUGAUGGAGUCGGAUGACGGCUCAGAACGUGGCACAGCCGUUUGAUUUAAAUCUCAUUUCCUUCCAUAGGACAGGUGAGCUUGACGUGCACAAGUAGUGGCAGGUGGACACCCAACAGCUUGGUCAACUGUAUCAGGAGAUCUGACCUUGAACGUAUCUCCACUCUGGUAAUUUUAAGUGUUACUUCUGCUACUUCACCGUCUUAAUCAUGUUUAAUCAUGUAAUCUGUAAAUCAAUUAAAGUGGCUGUGGACUUUAAAAAAAAUAUAUAUUCAUUUUAUCUAUAUCCCCCACCAAAAAAAUAAUAAUAAUAAUUGGUAAACAACAAUAUCAAUCGCUAAAAUUUUGCUGACACUCUUCUAAUUUGAUUUUUAUUGAGCCUUCAUCUACCCAAUGUUUUCCAUCUUUUGCACACUUAAAAAUAUUUAAUUAGUUUUAAUAUAAAAUGCUUUGAAAACUGACAAUUUUAAUAAUGAGGGGUGGGGGGUUGGAGAUAAUAACUAGAAAUUUUCACGUCAAAUGAUAUGCUAGAACUAGAUUACUCCACCUAGAACAGCGUUGGGAAAAAUCGGCUGUGGAGCAGCAUGUGGCUGUUUGAACGAAUAAAUGCGGCUGUUUGAACGAGUAAAUGCGGCUCAUUUCAUUCUUAUUCUUGCCCUUGCCUACAGGGGUCUCAAUUAUUUCAUUACUGGCUUAUCCACUCCGACACACUCCUACUGGCAUAUCCACUGUGACACACUCCUACUGGCAAAACGACUGUGACACUCUCCUACUGGCCUUUUCACUGCGACACACUUCUACUGACCUAUUCAAUUGCUACAACGUAUGUUCUGCCCUCGUAAUUGACACUUGGUUUUUUUUUUUUUUUAUAAAAAUUAUUCCUUCCUCUGCAUUUUCUAAAGACUGAGAUUGUGUUCACCAAUCAACACAAUCUGACAGAUGUGCAGAUUUCGGAGCAGGUAGACGCGAUUGCUGCCCGACUGAAUGAUUGUUCUGCCCUCGUAAUUGACACUUGGUUUUUUUUUUUUUUAUAAAAAUUAUUCCUUCCUCUGCAUUUUCUAAAGACUGAGAUUGUGUUCACCAAUCAACACAAUCUGACAGAUGUGCAGAUUUCGGAGCAGGUAGACGCGAUUGCUGCCCGGCUGAAUGACAGCGUCACUGCGAUAGCGGCGGUCAGUUCCGUGGACAUCAAGAUGAGCUUGUGCGUGAUGGACCGACUGAGUCUCACCGUGAGGCAGGCUAACGUGUCUGUUCCCGGAGGCACGUUCAUGGUAAGAUGUAGAGCGCGGUGCCAUCACACAGAAACAGAACUGUGACCUGAUUCUAUAAAGAUUCGUGUACAAAAAAAAAUGUAUUUAUUAUUAUUAUGAAUAUGCAUGGUAAUUUUCGUUUCUUUCUACUGUUCGACCACCAAUGAAGUAUUUCGGAUACAUUUUCGAAUUGUUCCAUCAAAUUGACACAAGAACAGUAUUUAAAAUGUAUGGCGGGGGCAUGGGAAUCAAGACGAGAGUAAAUGCAGAAUUGAAAAUGAAACCAAACAGUCUGGGGAGGGGGGUUUCAGUCAUUUUUCAAUGUUAGUGGGAAUGGUUUUAAAGGGGAUGAUUCUGUUACAGAGGGAGGUAGAGCUUUUUUUAGUGGGCACACAUCCAUGAAAUGUGGGUUAAAGGGGUCGCGUGUUUGACAUAUAUUUCAUAAGUGAAGUAGGUAAUGUUAUGUUAUGGGCAUCCUUCACAAUUAAUAAUGAUAUUACAAAUAUCAAAUCAUAAUGUGCGAUAAAUAAUCGUUAAAAGUUUUGGUUGAAAUUCCCGUAAGUCCUUAUGCCAGUGUAGCACUUGAACGUUUUCUUGUUGAUUUCUCAAAUAGAAGUUGGCGAGUGUCUCCAACGAACUGAUAUCAGCGGACGUGGAAACAUGGCUGGCAUUGGCCAAUGAAACUCAUGAUGAGGGGGCUUCCUUGCUGAGCAUCAUGGACCUCCUGGCCGCCAGCACACUGGACACUGUCAGGAAUGAGUCUUUUCUCGCCAUGGAGAACAUUGGUAUGAAGUAAUUCUCUGGUAAUAGAUAUUCUUAAACAUUGAUCUUUGAGCUUUCAUAUCUAUGUAUAAAUUGGAUCGCAAGUGAUUAAAAAAAUAAGCAUACCUAAUAAAUUAAAACUUUUUUUAAAAAGACACCUGCAAGAAAAUUAAUUUAACGUAACAUUUUUUAAAAUAUUGCGUGUCUAACUUGUAGCCUAUACACAUUCACUCAAUUAUUUCAUAGUCACUACCAUUAUUUGAUAGUCACUACCAUGAUUUGAUUAUCAUUACCGUAAUUUGAUAGUCACUACCAGAAUUUGAUAGUCACUAGCGUAAGUUGAUAGUCCCUAAAAUAAUUUGAUAAUCACUACCAUAAUUUGAUAGUCACUACUAUAGUUUGAUAGCCGAUACCAUAAUUUGAUAGUCACUACCAUAAUUUGAUUGUUAGUAAUGCAAUUCAAAUUUAAAUUUUAAUUAAACAACUAUAUCUAUAUAUGAUAUAAUCAACAACAAAUGAAAACUUCCUAUUUGUUGGUAUUUGAUUUAAUCGUCAAAUCUCUGCAGUUUGUCAUAAUACACAAAUAUAUUUAUUUAUCAAUAAUUUUAUAUAAAUAUAUAUAAUUUUUGGAUAAAAAAGAUUGCAUGCAUAUCCAUUUGCAGCUGUCCAACUGUCAUAUGGAAAUGGGGACAUUCACUUCCCUAACAUUUAUCAACAAUAUCCUUCAAACCAAUGGUUCAAUCUAUCUGGAAAUGCCAUAUUUCUGCCUAAAACUGCUUUUACAGGUGAGUCAACAUUCUGGAAAUGCUACAUUUCUGUCCAAAAUGCUUUUAUUAAUGAGUCAUUUCUUAACUUCUAUUUUAAAAUAAAAUAGUUUACAUAAAACUUAUCUUCCAAUACCCCUGCCUCCACUUGGUAUAUCCAUUGCGACACACUCCUACUGGCCUAUCCAUUGCGACACACUCCUACUGGCCUAUCCAUUGCGACACACUCCUACUGGCCUAUCCACUGCGACACACGCUUUUUGUGCAUCAUUCCGUAAACUACGAUUCAUGUGUGUGUCAUGGAAAUAACACACGUUCCAUUCAUAAAUGAAAAUGAUCGUUUUUGAAACUUGAUGCACCACACUGUAACGUCGUGGGGUUUUUUUCCUCUCUUUAAAACGGUGAAAAUUAGCUAAGUACUUAUUUAUCUAUAAUAACCUUCAUUUACAUAAGGGCUACCCCUAGUGGCAGGCCUAUUUAUCGGGUCUGACUAACUUAACGGUGGAUGUUUCCUCGCACAUAAUUUUUCUCUAAGAUGAAUAUAAAUCUAAAUUUGUUAUCCAUGACAGGUCCGCUAACUUACUCAGUGAUUGAGUACAGAGGUGUUAUCGAGAAGUUUAGGAUUGACCCGGAGCGUCAAAAAAGGUAAGCCUAUUAAGAUAUGGUACUAGAUAUGUGAUGUGUUAUCAAAGGGAAAAGCGUUCAUAUGCAAAAUGUUGUCCAAAUUUCUUGUGAUGUAUUCAAUACAAUAAAUGAGUUCAGCCAUAUCAGUGCACUUAUUUAUUCAACUAUCUAGUUAGAAAAAUGCCCGUUUUGAUGGUAUUGUUGUUUUAAAAUUAUAUUCACUUCAAAUUUUGACUCAUUGACAUAUAGGCCGGGGGGGGGAGGGGGGCGCGCAAUAGUACAAUGCCCCUGCCCCAACCACAUUUUUUAGUUUUUUAUUACUUUUCGCUUCAUUUCUUCUUCAAAGUUCUUCCCCAUGCCACUAAUCAGUGAGAUAUUACACUUCAAGAUCAGUACUAACUUUUUUUUUCUUUAUCAGCUACAGUUCUAUCAUCUAAAACUAUAUGAUAACUAAGCUUUAGUCUAACAUUGUUUAUGUCAAGCAGAUAGCCUAUUAGGAAUAGGGUGCUGCACUUUUGUAAAAUGACGUAUCAUUUUUUUGGUUCUAAAAUCUGGUUUAGAUUUAAUAAAGAGCGGCUCUUUACACUUGGGUCCAAUGUGCUCACGUUGACCGUCAACACGCAGGAGAAGACGAUUCAAUCAAAUGUAAAACUGACCUUCUCGUUGGGAAAUGUGAGUUACCCCCCGCCCCCCCCCCUUUUUUUUUUUUGCCCUUCUUAAAAUGAUCUGUUCGUUUCUUGUUUAAUAAUCGUCAUAUAAGUGAUGUUUCCAUUUUAGAUAAAGCCAUGCUUAGAAAAAGUAAAAGCAACUGUUAAAAAUUUUAAAUGAGAUUUCAACAAUAUUUAUUGAAGCUUAACUUUGUUAGACGUUUUCGUACCGUCCAGCUGGUACACUUUAGGCAAUGAUGGAAUACGUUUCAGAAUUUCUCCGCUAUUUCAUCGAAGCACACCCCAUCAUCAAAGCAGUCAUUAGAAAUGAUCUUUAAGUAAAAGGUAUCUGAAGUACAGAUGUGUUUUAAGACCCUUAAAAGCGUUAACCUAAUUCGUUUCACUCAGACUUUGUUUCCCCCUUUCUUUUAAUUGACCUGUUUUAUUUCACUUUAAUCUUCUACUUGGUAAUAAGAUGAAUGAGACACACACAGAUUUGCGUAAAUAAAACAACAUAUCUCAUGCUUUACCUGUGAUCAAAUGAAACAGAAAUUUAAGCGUUUCGGGUAAUUCAUUUGACAGUACAACAAAAAAUACAUAUACAUUUAAUGAACAUCAUAUGUAAACAUCCUACUCGUACCUAAAAAAAUAUUAAAGAAAAAAAUAAAAAUGGACACAUGUCCAUAACGAAAGUAAUGAUUUGAACAACCGGAAGACAGUAAGUGAAAGGACAAUUUAAAAUACAAACGGGGAAAAAGAACGCUGCAGAAAUUUUUUUUAAAUUUAAAAAAAAAGAAUUUGGUUUGUAUCGUAUGGAAGUCAACAUAACAAAUCUGUUUAUUAAUUUAUUCUCCAUGAUAAAUUGUACACGCUGUGUAAAACGUUGACAGUAAACCAGCGACUGCACUGUCCAAUAAUCCAUUACGGUUAGUAUUGUUGAAAUAUUGAGAAACUGGAAAAAUGGCUUACUUAUAGAGUUUUAACGGGUGUUACCUCAAACGGUCACCAAGACGACAACCUGGCUUCCCCUACCUAUGAUUUUCCACGCUGUUUUUUUUUUUCUCCACUGGAUGGCGUAAAUCAUGUUGCGACUUGUGCAAGUGCAGUCAUAUUUAAUCUACUUAAAAACUUUGUUUGCAGUCUAACCCUCUUAUUGUUAUAAAAUACCGUUUUAUUUCAUGCAUCAAGUAUUUGACACGAUGUGUUCGUUCUCCUAAACCAGGUAACCAAUGACACAACUCCGUACUGUGGGUUCUUGGAUACAUCGGCAAGGUAAGGACAGCUAACAACAGCUCUGAAAAAGAUCCUUUAUAUAUUGUUUCCUAAAUCAAUGAUGCUAUAUAAUAUAUAUAUUUAUUUUUUAAUGGGUCCAUUUGACAUCUUAUUUAAAGGUUCCAGCUUGAUCUUUAUAUAUAUUUUUAAAAAUAUUAUUAUGGGGCCAAGUUUGAAAUUUAUUCACAACCUUACGACACUUAAAUUUAUCAUUUGAUCUAAACAUCACUAAUAUAAUGUACUUACAUUAUACUUCAGUUUAAAGGAGACAAUAUUUAAUGAAAACAUGUACUAACAGUAAUAAAUAUAGCAAGAACAAGUUUGUUAAGUUUAGAUAGAGUCAUCGAUUUGUGGGGGGGGGGGGGGGUGACAUGAUUUUUUGUUAGCAUCGCUGUUCAUAUUUCAGCGAACUGGGAAUAUGGUCAACACGUGGUUGCUUUGUCGAAUCCUUCAUCAACAACACGGUGGUCUGCAGCUGUAACCACCUCACCAACUUUGCUGUGUUGAUGAGUCCUUUUAAGGUGAGUACGAAUGGAUUUCUAUGAGUUACAAAGGGCAAAAAAAAAGUAACUAGUUAUACAAUUAAAUUAGCAGUUCUGACACACAGACACAGAGUAUUGCUGAAAGAACAAAAACACAGAACAGCACAUAUAAUGAGUUGUAUUUUGUUGUUGUUCGGGUGUGUGCAAGUGUAUGUAUUGUCCGGAUGUUAUGAGUUGAAGUCAGGCACGUGAGACUAAUGACUGGGUAUUUUUGUUAAAGAAGAUUUGAUUGAUUUUUGAGGAAGAGAUUGAAAAUUGUAAGCAGAUUUCAUAUUGAAUAGAGUUAAUGCCUUCGUAAGGUUUUUUGUUCGGGAGAGAGGGGAGAUUUUUGUUAGGAGAAAUAAAAAUAUGUGUUUGAUUCUCUGGCUUAAGCUGGCAGUUAAACUCCAAUGCCCUAUCAUAGAAUCAUAAAUACAUUGAACACACAGUCAGCCCGACCAAUAAAAGAAUUUUAGAAUUAAUACUAAAAUAAAAAUUAUACUCUACUAAAAUUAAUUUAGUAAAAAAAAAAAACAAACACUGGAUUUGAUAAUUUCAUUAGCUGAAAAAUGUGAAUAAUUAUUGAACUUUUAGUAGCAGUUUGUUAUCAAUAUUAUUAUUAAAUUGUCAACACACGCAUACUUUCACAAGUCCAAUGUCUAGGGGGUUAGGGGGUCGGCCUUCACCACUCAUGGGAAUAGACGCCCCAGGUGGAUCAAAACUCACAGGGAAUAUAUCAUUAUUAUAAUAUAUAAUAAUUAGGAUUUGGUGUAACUUGUUUUAGGUGAGCACACGUCGUGAGCUGAGCGUCAUCUCCAUUACUGGGUGCAUAAUAUCGAUCACGUGUCUGGCGGCAACAGCCAUAGUAUAUUCUGUUGUAUGGCGGUGAGUUCUUUCUUUUAAUGUAACAAUUUUAAUAUAGAAUGUAUCUUUUUUCCCCCCGGCACGCUCCAUCUUUACACAACAAAAAUUAAAUUAAAAAGCAAUAAAAAGAAGUGUUCUCAUUAUAAAUGUAUGCCUCAAAAUUGAGCUUAUCAUUUUUAUUCACAAAAGUUUUAGUUUACAAAGCAUAUUAUCGGAGAGAGUGCUGCAGGGUAUUCCUUACAUCAUCGUAAGAUGCCCACAGCAGUUGUCGUUAAUGGCUGUAGGUCGUCUUUAUAAUGUUCCUCCAAAACGGUGUAAAAAUGACUUAGUCUCUUAGGAAGUAGGGGGUGUUGCUCAGGAAUGCUAGACUUUUUUGUUUGUUUUUUUGUCUUGUCGUUGUUCAUGGUGAUGAGCUGCAUUAGGCUUUGACUUAUCUACAUUCGGAAAUGUUAAAAAUUGAAAUUGCUUCUGUCGUAUUCCCUUUGAUAAAUACUCAUAGAAGGUCUCCUGAUUAAUUUAUACAGCUACGUUUGUGUGGGAGCUUUAUUAAGAAUUGAAUAGUUUAAGCGGUUUGGUGCGUAUCUUCUUUGUUUGUUUGUUUGUUUGUUUGUUUGGUUUGUUUGUUGUUGUUGUUUUUUUGUGUGUUUUGUUAACAACCACUUAGUAAUAGUAAAACAAAUUUGACGCCAUCCCCACAUGGACGUGUCAUUAAUUUAUUUCCAAAGGCAUGUCAAGAGUGACAGAUCAUUUCUGCACGUUAACCUCAGCGUUUGCCUCAUCGUCGGUUACAUCAUAUUUCUGGUCGGUGUUGAGGAGACCAGCAACAGAGUGAGCAUAUAAAUAUAUACAUUUAAUUAAGUUGACUUUUAAUAUUUAGAAAAAAAAAUAUUAUUUGGUUGAUUUCAAACAUUAAAAAUUAAAAUGUUUCAAAUCUAGUUUUAGUUUGAUUUGUUUCUUGUUCGAUUUUUCUUUGUCACUUUGUCGUUUCUUUCUGGACGUGUUUUUGUUCGUAACAAUCUUUAAGAAUAGUCAGAUGUUGCUGGGUUUUUUUUUUAACUUAUUACAUUGAAUGAUUAAUUUAUUCCAGUAUAAAAUAUCUUUACAACAUUGGCAUGGUAAAACUAUUUAAAAAAAAAAAUAAAAUGUAUACAUCUCCUACGUACAGGUUAAAAAAAUGUUGGUUUUAGAAUCGAAACUUUUUGACCAAUUUUAAUGUUGUUCCACCAAUCUCCUCCCGCCAAGAGUCUUCCCUUGACUUCUGGAAGCCCCCCCCCCCCUUUUUUUUUUCCUAAAAAAAAAUAAAAUGUGUACAUCUCCUACGUCAAGGUUAAAAAAAUGUUGGUUUUAAAAUCAAAACUUUUUAACAAAUUUUAAUUUUUUUCCACCAAUCCCCCCCCCCCAAGAGUCUUCCCUUGACUUCUGGAAGCCCCCCCCCCCCUUUUUUUUUUCCCUGCAACGUUUUGCUUAUGUUUUCCUUGCAUUCAAAUUUGAUGGUUUAUUAGUAUUUUUUAACAUUACAACUUUGGUCCGCUUAACUAUCUCAGGCCCCUUGCAGCCGCAGGUGAUGCAGCACCCACGCUACCACUCUCCCCCCACUUUAAUUACAACUAAAAGCAUGAUUGUAAACGCUUUAGUGCUCCGCAUUUUUUUUUAAAUAUAAUUUUAGCAAUUCCACAAAAUAGAGGAAUAAUUUAACAAUACAUUACUGACUGAUUUUCCCUCAUACCCCACACCCAUUUACAGGCUGGGUGCACUGUCGUGGCCGUCCUGCUCCACUACUUCUGUCUGACGGUGUUCAUGACCAUGUUGGCCGAGGGCCUGGAGAUCUACAAGUCGGUGAUUUACGUCUUUGACAAACGAUCCCUGCUGAAAAUAUUACUUCCUGUUAUAUAUGGUUUGUGAUACAAACUGAAAUUAUUUCGCAUAUAUUUCUAUUCUAAAAAUUUCAAUUUGACACCCCACACACUAUUAAGCAGACAGGUAUAGACAUGGAGACAGAGAGAGAUAGGGAGGCAGGUAUGGACAGAGAGAGAUAGGGAGGCAGGUAUGGACAGAGAGGGAUAGGGAGGCAGUGAUGUUCAGGGAGAUAUAGAUCAAUCAAAUUUUUUUUUUAAUUAUUGGAUAUCCCACAAGUUAAAAAAAAAAUACAAAUAAUUUCCGAGAUCAAUAAAUGUGCGGGCGAUAUUCCACGAACAAAGGGGAAAUACUUUCUUUUUAUAAAACUACAGCAUUUAAUUUUUAUUUAUCUCUAUUACACACAGUUUAUAUAUCUUUAGAAAAUACUCUCUAUAUAUAUAUGUUUUUGUAUAUGCAGGAUAUACAGUUUAUUUAUCUUUAUUAUAUACAGUUUAUAUUUCUUUAGAAUAUACCGUUUAUAUAUCUUUGGUAUACAUAUUUUUAUUCAAAGUUAAACAAAUGGCAUAGUGUUUAUUUCACAAAACAUACAUUUAUAAGCAUUGGCCUCCCCCCCCCCCACAGGUGUUCCAGUAGUAAUAGUUGGUAUAACACUGGCCGUCACGAAGUGGAAAGCUUACACCUCUAAACACCUGUAAGUGUGUUCAAUAUUUAAGGACAUGUGUCAGUAAAAAUGCAUUUCAUUGCUGCUUUAUAUUGCCAACAUGAUGUUUAGAAAAAGACUUGCACAUAAUUUUUUUGGUUGCUUUUAAAUUGUUAAACUUGACUUUGGUAUGCCCACCAAAGGGAGCUGGAAGGCUUUAAGUCUCUCAAGACUAAUACAACGACUAUGGGGCCCUUGGUACCCUAAUUUAAUAAGUUUGAGAACCCCAGAUCACGUUUCAAAUCUGUUCAGUUACAAGCCAGCUGUCUUUUUAAUUAAUUCACACUAAAAGGAGGGUGUUUUUUUUCCACCUCUUCCAUACUUUUCGAUUUCCUAGAAGACAGUGUCGUAACCAUUUUUAGCCACAUCAGCUGCAAUGAUAGCUUUUUGUUGCUUUUCAAAAUUGUACCAACGGUCAACUUAGGCAUCCCAAAAAUGUACCAUCAGUAAUGUUUUUCAGUUGCUGGCUGCCAGUGGACAAGGGUGUCAUCUGGGCAUUUGUUGCGCCUGUUCUCUUCAUACUUCUGGUAUUAUGUGGUUAUAUUUUGUUUUCAUUAAAUUUCUUACAUAUUACGAUAGGGACUAAUAAUAUUGUUAAAUUGUAUGUAGAAAAGUGCUGAGACAAAGAUGAGAAAAAAAAUCCGUUAGUCAAUUAAUUUUUCAUUUCUUUUUUCCCCUUUUAAUUUUAUCAUAUAUGAGAUCGGAAACGAUAGGACAUUUAGAAUUUUUAAAAAUUAAACCAAUGUAGCGAAAUCGACAGUUUGAUAUGCUAAGCUUUCGCUUUAAGACCAGUAAUACAUAUGUUACCAUUUGAUAGAUCAACCUGGGGAUAUUGAUGUACAUUGUACGUGUGAUGCAGUCAAGAAAGUAUAUGAGCAAUAAAAAUAUAGAGCAGAGGACAAGGUAACGCUAUUUUAAGUUAGUGAACACAAUAGUUAGCAAAUAUCGCAUGUAAGCUUUUAGUGAACAAAACUGUUGGCAAAUAUCACAUGUAAACUUUUAGUGAACAAAACUGUUGGCAAAUAUCACAUGUAAACUUUUAGUAAACAAAACUGUUGGCAAAUAUCACAUGUAAACUUUUAGUGAACAAAACUGUUGGCAAAUAUCAUAUGUAAACUUUUAGUGAACAAAACUGUUGGCAAAUAUCACAUGUAAACUUUUAGUAAACAAAACUGUUGGCAAAUAUCACAUGUAAACUUUUAGUAAACAAAACUGUUGGCAAAUAUCACAUGUAAACUUUUAGUGAACACAAUUGUUAGCAAAUAUCACAUGUAAGCUUUUAGUGAACAAAACUGUUGGCAAAUAUCACAUGUAAACUUUUAGUAAACAAAACUGUUGGCAAAUAUCACAUGUAAACUUUUAGUGAACAAAACUGUUGGCAAAUAUCACAUGUAAACUUUUAGUGAACACAAUUGUUGGCAAAUAUCACAUGUAAGCUUUUAGUGAACAAAACUGUUGGCAAAUAUCACAUGUAAACUUUUAGUAAACAAAACUGUUGGCAAAUAUCACAUGUAAACUUUUAGUGAACAAAACUGUUGGCAAAUAUCACAUGUAAACUUUUAGUGAACAAAACUGUUGGCAAAUAUCACAUGUAAGCUUUUAGUGAACAAAACUUGUGGCAAAUAGCACAUUUAAGCUUGAAUACAUCAAUACAACAUGCUCAGAUACCCCCAGAAUGCAAGAACCCAUUAGUAUCUUACGAUAAUUCUUCUUUUUUUGUGUAACCUUAUGAGGAGUCCCAUCUUCAAAAAAAAAAAAGAGGUAGGGAGGGGAUGCUAUACAAUUAUUUACCAUGGUAUUUGCAUAGUUUUUAUUUUGUCUUUGUCUUUUUAAAGUAGUCUUUGUAUCUCCUUUUGAAUAGGUCCGUUAUCCGUGCAGUUUUUAUGCUGUCUCCCAUCCUGGGUGUCACGUGGAUAUUCGGUGUGUUCUCUGUUAAUGAAGAUCUGGUUGUGUUCCAAUACAUAUUCGCCAUUUUGAAUUCUUUACAGGUGAGAAUAUUACACAAAGCAUUCAUAAAAAAAAAGGGCAGGUGAAGUACUAACCCAAACCUUAUUUUAAAAAUAAUGUCAUACUAAAAAUAAAUAAUGAAGAAUAUGAAGUCUCAAUCCAUUAAAAUAUACAUUGAAUUUCUUUUAACGAGAUGGGAUAGAGGGCAUGUCCCAUGCUCUAACAUCUUUUCCCCCUUUAUCAACAACAUUUGAGUUAUAUUUGUAACAGAUCUUAAAGGUCUUCUGGAUGUGAUCUAAACAGUACAACGUAUUUAAUCUGUUUCAGGGUCUCUUUGUGUUCAUCUGUUUCUGCAUUAUGUCCCCUCAGGUAAUAUCUAACAAUUUUAUUAUGUGGAAAUUUAAAAAACAAAACCGAACAUAAAUUGAGGUGCUUAAUUUUAUUUUAACAAGUUUGAAAUUUUAAACUGUACCUUAUACAAGUAAUUAAUCCUUCCUGUGCUCAUUAGCGGAUCCCACACUGUCUUUAUAUAAUUAUAGAUAUCAGUUUAAUAUAAAUUGUAAAAAAAAAAAAACGUUUCUGCUUUUGUUAUUUCCAAAUUCUGACACACUUCAGUUUUAAUAUUCUACCGUCAUAAAAUAGUUUUAAAUUUAUGAAGAUGUAUUAGAGAAAUUUACAAAAACGACCAGUUAUAACAUGUUAGUCAUCCCCCCCCCCCCUCCCAAUUCCCCUAGAAAUUUUAUUUGAUGACAAUUUAUAAACAGAGAAGAAAAACGCUGAAAAUGUGUUUGAUGUAAAUCUUCGUUAAACGUUUAUUUCAUAAAUAUGCUUCAAAAGGUUAAAUAUGCGUGUCUACAGAUUCGUGAAGGAAUUUAUGCCACGAGAAAAAGCUAUAGAAGAAAAUCGAUUGAGAAAGGCAAAGGGAUGCUGAGUCAGUCAAUUUUUGUGAGUAACAUGGUAGAUAAAGAAAAACGUAAGCACACGUUAAAAGAUAAUGAAACAGCACAUGUCAUAUAUUCCAUUACCAAUUGACUGUCCUGGGAAGGAAAGAACUAGUUUAUAAUAUAUAUGUAUAUAUUAUAUAUAUAUAUAUAUAUAUAUAUAUAUAUAUAUAUAUAUAUUAUAUAUAUAUUAUAUAUAUAUAAAUAUGUGUGUGUUUAUUAAUUGUAUCUUGUAUUUACUAAAUUAUAACAAUUUCAUUUCCGAUCUCAUACAUUGUCUCUUUAAAUGCUUUAGUCACUGAUGAUUGUUAAUGUAAAAAUAUUAAGUUAUACAUAGCAAUUAUUAUAUUAUGGACUUUUAAACACACCAGCCCAUAUAUUUACUCGAGUUGAAAGUUAUUGCUGGGAUGGGGGAAUAUUUGACUAGAUUUAAGCGAAGAUUCUUUAUGCUUCCUUAAUUCCUAUAUCACUGUGACUUGGAAGUAAGUUGGUAGACACUUGCCACUCACGGAUAUAUUGUGCCAUUGUUAUUCUCUGUUUGUAUAUGCCUUCAACACCAGCCAGGUUUCUUCAUGCCACCUUGUUCUAUAAAUGCUAUUUCAUGAAGUUCAAUAUAAAUAAAAUUAUGUCCAUUCAAAAGAUAUAUAUAUAUUACAUAAUAUUGUGUUGAUGAUGCAAAAAUUAUUUUUAUAUUUUCUGUAGAGACACUCAGAAAAAUCUAAAGAUAUAGCAAAGGAAGACGAAUCCAGUUCAACAUUAAAAGUAAGAUUGUUAGGAUUAUCUUUUCUUGUUUUUUUUCUUUGUUUUUUUUUAAAAUUCCCCUAUCAUUUAGAGACAAGAAUGAAUCAUCGUAAGAACUGAGCGAACAACCCACAAACCAGAUACAGGUUACAUCAUAAACACCUAGUGAAAUAAUAAUUCCAAAUAGUUAUAUGUGCCUAUGCCUUUACUAAAUUAUAAUACUUAUUUUCUCUUCACAGGCUUCAAAUGGAAAGCAAGAAUUCUUACAGAGGUUGUAGAGUCGAUGCUAUCGUACGAGGUGUGUGGUUGUGAUUUGUCUGGCCUACUGCUAUACGCCAAUAAUGAAUUUUUCUUGCUCAAGUAUAGAAAAGAUUUCUCCAUUUAUUGCAUUUUUUUGUGUGCAAAUCAAUGUAAUUCCCAAUUGUAUAACAGGUGUAUAGAUAUAAUUUCUGCAUCUUUGCAUCUGCCAGUGAUCUCCAAUUUCCUCCAGCUUGAUAUGUUGUUGUAUUUGUAUAUAUGAAUGAUGUAAAUGUUAAAUGCUGCAUUCUUACACCAAUAUAAAAAAUGACAACAUUUUAUAGUGUUUCCUCUGUUUGUCCAAUCUCUCGUUCUCUUCCUUACUCGCACUCUUUCUUUGAUCUCUAUCUUUCUCUCUUCUCCCUCUCUCUCUCUUGACAUAUACAAAAUUAUAUUUCACAUACAAGGAGAGAACUACACAAAGAACUGAUUUUUGUUCAAAAUUUCUUUAAUACACAAUGUUUUGGGGUUUAAAUGUGUUAUCUCCUUGCUUAUCUAUUUCAAUCUUCACAUAAAAAUGAUCGCCUUUUUAAGUUCAACAUACACAUAUCAUUAAUGCAUUUAUGACAGCACUGUGGUGGAUCGGUGGAUCAGUGGCAUUAAAAUGGUUUCUAAACAUGUAAAACUUGUGUGAUGCUGCACUAUUAAUUGAUCCCCUAAUGGAUCGGACUGUGGUGAAAGCAAUAGCCGUGCGCACCAAUCAUACUUCAUUUAACA